UCCCCAUCAGAUUCAUUCAAAUCAUUUUCUAGAAGCAGAAGCAACAAAGAUGAGGAUGAGUUGUAAUGGAUGUCGAGUUCUCCGCAAAGGUUGCAGCGAGAACUACAGCAUCAGACCUUGCUUGCAAUGGAUCAAAAACCCAGAAUCCCAAGCACAUGCCACUGUCUUCCUUGCCAAGUUCUAUGGCCGUGCUGGGCUCAUGAAUCUCAUUAAUGCCGGACCUGAACAUCUUCGUCCUGCGAUAUUCAGGUCACUUCUCUACGAAGCUUGUGGGAGAAUAGUGAAUCCAAUCUAUGGUUCAGUUGGGUUGUUGUGGUCUGGAAGCUGGCAACUCUGUCAAUCCGCCGUUGAAGCUGUUCUGAAAGGUGCUCCGGUGGUUCAAAUCUCCUCUGAAGCUACGGUAAACCCAUGCCCUCCCUUGAAAGCUUUCGAUAUACGGCAUGUCUCCAAGGAUGAGAAAUCUGCGGCUUCUCAAGAGCUUCACAAGGUCAAGACCCGGAACCGGUUCAAGCGUUCUCCUCCCUCCCUUCAUCUUCUUCUCCUUUCUCUCUCGACCUCAAUGGAUAUAGAUUACUGUGACAAAUCAAUGGCAGAAGAAGGGGUGGCAGAAGCUGUAAACCAUGUUCCUUUAGAUCACAAGAGGAAGCUUGAGGAUUUGGAGGCGGAGGCUUUAGAACAGGAGGUUUCAGACCCUCCACCAGAAGAAGCCUACUAG